UCGCCGUCAGAAGAAUACGGGACGAGAAUUCUCACGUUCAUCCAGUAGCACGCACAGCACUUUCCUGGAUCCAGAGUCUGAAUAAUGUGAAGAAAUUUGAUUACGAGGGAGAAGAAGAAGAAGGAAGGAGUAGAUGAUGGCUUCGGAUCCAAAGCUGAAGGGAGAUGGACUUGCAAGAGAAGCUCCUGUUAUUGCCUACACAGAGAAGAUAAUCGAGGAAGAGCAGCUUCAGUUGAAGAAAUACAUCGAGGAGAAUUACUCAAAAAUAAAGCAAGUUUCACUUCUUAGUGCACUGGAACACUUGAGAAAGAAAAUUGAACUCUCUACUGAGUGGAUCCAUGCUGCAAAGUUGAGGGAAGAUGAAGCCAGAAAGGCAUUUGAAGCAGCAUCGAAAGUUGUCAAGGAUGAAGAGGCAAUAAAGUAGAGUCUUUGUGAAGAUCUGAACCGUCUGGUACAAGAAAGCAGCAAUACGCAGUACGCCAGACUUGAGGAACUGAAAAGAAGACUAGAGGUACUGAAUCCGACUACUUCUGUUCAGCAAAUCCAUGAACCGGAGACUAAAUCUGUACUAGACAGUAGCUCACCAGCAGCAGCCAAUGCUAAUCAGACUCACCCGGAAAAAACUGAAGGGAAGGAAGAGGGAGGUAAAGAACAUGGACAGAGACCAGCCACAGCGGAAGGAGAAUCAAAAUCAAGAAAGAAACCACAGAUUCAAGGAAGGGGAAGAGGAAUUGGAAUCAUGAACAACAAAGGCAGAGGAGGUUGGACUGGUGCUGGUUUCGAUGUCGAUGUUAGAACUUAAAAAUUGAAAUAUUAUAUACAUCCGAAAAGGCGCCUUUUCUAAUCGCAUAUAUUGUAACCAGGUAAUGUCUCUUUAUCUUUUAGCAUCCAUGGACAUGUAGCUUCCUGCAGCUACUGCGACCUUUCUCAUUUACUCGUAUGUGUUACUGAAAAGAAAAAUCAUUCAAUUA